AUGAAGUUUUUUAUAGAGGAUGUUGCAGUUCUAUUUCCAUAUGAGUACAUAUAUCCUGAACAGCUUGAGUAUAUGACCGAGUUAAAGAAGGGAUUAGAUCAAGGGGGACACAUGGUUCUUGAGAUGCCAUCAGGAACUGGGAAAACGACAACUUUACUAUCUUUACUUAUAGGAUAUCUUCAUCAUCAUGCUGAUGAAAAACGUAAAGUUGUUUAUUGUACUCGAACAGUUGAGGAAAUGACAAAGACUCUCGGUGAACUACGUAAAUUGCUGAAAUUAUGGGAUUCUGAAGUAAUAUCUAAGAGGCCAUUGCGUGGACUCUGUCUAACUGCUAAGAAAAAUCUCUGUAUUGAAACUAGUGUUGCAUCUCAACGGUAUCCAGAAGAAGUGGAUGCAGGUUGCCGUAACCUCACUGCACCAUGGCAAAAGGAGAGACGAUGUGUCUACUUUGAUAAUCUUGAAAAUGCAGCUUUUGAUUUACCACCCGGAGCUUACUCUGUUGAUGAUUUGAAAAGUUUCGGAGAAGAACAUCAGUUGUGUCCGUACUAUUUAGUUAGAAAAGCAUUACGUGUUGCAGAUAUAGUGGUUCAUUCUUUCCUUUACAUAGUUGAUCCUAUUGUUGCUGAAGUAACCAAGGAAUACUUAAAUGAAAAUACAAUUGUAGUGAUGGAUGAGGGUCACAACGUUGAUGAUGUGUGUAUUGAAGCAAUGUCUCUUAUCGUAACAAAAUAUGAUGCAAUUCAGGCCAAAGAAAAUGUUAAACAAUUAAAUGCCGCUGUUAAUCAUAUGAAAGCUACAAAUCGUCAACAACUUCAAGAUGAAUAUGAGAGGUUAGUUAAUGGUUUAGCUAUGGCAGAGUUAGCACGUUCUAUGGAUAAUGUUAGGGGAUCUGUUCAUGUACCCAAUAUUCCUCUAGAUAUUGCUGAGGAAUCUAUUCCUGGAAGUUUAAGACAGGCAAAUCAUUUUUUAACAUUUAUUCAACGACUUGUUGAUUUUACUCACCGUGUAGUGAGUAGAAUUUCACGCACAUAUGUAUCCGAUCCAUUGACAUUUUUGACAAAAGUAAGGGAUGAGUGUGCUGUGGAUAUUCGUCAUUUAAGAUACUUAACGGAACGUCUGAAAGUUUUAAUGAAUACCCUUCAAAUAACUAAUUCACAUAAAUUUCGAAACGUAGCCUUGAUUGCACAAAUGUAUAUGAUUCUUUCUACUUAUUAUACUGAUGAUCGGUACGAAAAACCUGGAUUUGUUGUUGUUUGUGAAGCUCAUGAUCCAACCAGACCUACAGUACCUGAUCCUGUUAUUCGUCUUGUUUGUGUAGAUGCUUCAUUGGCCUUACGUGAGGCUUUUUCAAAGUAUAAAAGUGUGAUCUUGACAUCUGGUACACUUUCACCAUUAGAUAUUUAUCCAAAGAUGCUUGGUUUUACACCGGUGAUAGCAAAAUCCUUUCAAAUGACUCUUAGUAGAAAGUGUAUUGCUCCAGUUAUUGUAACGAGAAGUACUGAGAGUGUUAAUAUAAUAACAGAAGAAGUUACAAGUAGCUUCAGUGUGCGUAUGAACCCUGUUGCACAAGAAAUUGUUUCAUCUGCAUAUGAAGAUCUUUUGCGUGGUCUUGCAAAAACUGUACCUGAUGGUAUUGUUUGUUUUUUUACUGGAUACCAAUAUAUGGGAGAAGUACUGUUAGGGUGGCAUAAGUCUGGAUUUUUAAAGGAAUUGGCACAGUAUAAACUGAUUUUUGUCGAAACUCAGUCUGUAGAGGAAACUUCAGUUGCUUUGGCUAAUUACAGACGAGCGUGUGAUAUUGGACGAGGAGCUGUCUUUAUGGCUAUUGCCCGAGGGAAAAUUGCGGAAGGAAUUGACUUUGACCGUCAUUAUGGAAGAGCUGUUGUGAUGUUUGGUGUUCCUUUUUUACCACCAAAUGAUGAACCUUUGAGGCAAAGGAUUCAUUGGAUGGAGACUUGUUUAGCUAUUCCUGGAAAUGAAUAUAGGAACUUUGAUGCCAUGAGACAGGCUUCUCAGUGCAUUGGACGUGUGCUGCGAAAUAAAACAGAUUAUGGAAUGAUGUUGCUUGUAGACAGAAGAUUUGCUUUGAAUGACAAACGAAAAAAAUUACCAAUAUGGAUUCAACAAUGUCUAAAGGAAAAUACUAACCUUAGUGUUGAUGCUGCAAUUGCCGUUGCACGUGGAUUUUUUAAAGAGAUGGCACAACCAUGGGAACAUGAACGUGACCUCGGUACCACUCUCUUCUCCAAGGAAACACUGGGUCGCAAGGGAUUUCUCAAACCUUCGAAGAGUUUGGCUUUUUCAAUGACAGGAGGUGCGUUCGAUAGUAUUACUACUACCACUGCUGCCACUACUACUACUACUACUACUACUACUACUAGUAAUAGUAAAGAUACCACAGCCACCAAUGAGGAGAGCGUUUGUAUACAUGCGGUAAAAGAGCCAGAACAUAAGAAGCGACCCAGAGAAUAG